GAAGAAGACUGAGGAUGCUGAUGAGUGAAUGGCAGUGAUUCUGAAGCAUUAAUGUGAUUAAAGCGGUUUAAGUAGGCCAGACUCUGAAACAUCACAUUACAGGACGAUGCAGGAUGACGCGCGCUACCUGAAACGUAAGGUGACUGUGGGCAGUUUGGAUGUUCAUCCCACAGAGAAGGCUCUGGUGGUCCACUAUGAGGUGGAAGCUUCUAUACUGGGAGAGACUGGAGGUCACAUGCUGGGCGAACGAAAGGAAGGACAAAAAAUUGUCCGUGUGAAAAGCCUUUCUCCUGGAACAGAUGUGGGAGCUUUGGCAAAGAAAGUGGUGGAGGAGUGUAAACUCAUCCCUCCGUCCCGUUUGCCCCAGGUGGAGCAGCUCCUGUACUACUUACAGAACAGGAAGUCAUCCCCAGUGGAGGGCAAAGUGGAGAAGAAAGAGAAAAAAGCCGUCAGACCCAGAGAGCUCACACCGUUUGAAGGAGUGGAGUUAAAUGAAGAGGCCAGUAUAACCAGAGUAGAUGAGUAUGUUGAACUUCUCUAUGAGGGCAUCCCAGAGAAGAUCCGAGGCUCUGCUCUCAUUCUGCAGCUCGCUCGCAACCCUGACAACCUGGAGGAGCUCCUACACAACGAGGCCGCUCUGGGUGCUCUGGCCAGAGUUUUGAGGGAGGACUGGAAACAGAGCGUGGAGCUGGCUACCAUCAUCAUUUACGUCUUCUUCUGCUUCUCCAGUUUCUCCCAGUUUCAUGGUGUGGUGAGUCAUUAUAAAAUUGGAGCUUUAUGUAUGAGUGUGGUGGAGCACGAGCUGAAGAGACAUGAUGUUUGGCGUGAGGAAUUACGCAAGAAAAACCAGGCUUGUGAAUCUGCACCAGAGAACGGUUCUUUAAAAAGAGACCAGGACAAAGCCAUGAGGAAGUACCAAGGCCUCCUCGCUAAACAGGAGCAGCUGCUCAGAGUGUCUCUUUACCUCCUGUUGAACCUUGCCGAGGACACACGAACAGAGCUGAAGAUGAGGAACAAAAACAUUGUUGGUCUGCUGGUUAAAGUUCUUGAGCGAGAGGAUGAGGAGCUGCUGGUCCUGGUGGUUUCAUUCCUAAAGAAACUGUCCAUCUUUCUGGAGAACAAGAAUGACAUGGCUGAGGUUAAUAUUAUUGAGCGAUUAGCUCAUCUGGUUUCCUGUGACCAUGAAGAUUUGUCAAACCUGACACUGCGUCUGCUGCUAAACCUCUCAUUUGAUUCUGGACUUCGAGCAAAGAUGGUGGAAGUUGGACUUUUACCAAAACUGACUGCCUUGUUAGGUGAUGAGAACAACCAUCAGGUAGCCCUGAGAAUCCUCUACCAUAUCAGCAUUGAUGACCGCUUUAAGGGCAUGUUUGUUUACACAGACUGCAUUCAUCAGCUCAUGCAGCUGCUGUAUGAGCAUACUGAGGAGGAAAUUGAAACUGAGCUCAUCUCCAUCUGCAUCAACCUGGCUGCAAACAAGAGGAAUGCACAGCUCAUGUGUGAAGGAAAUGGGCUGAAGAUGCUGAUGAAGAAAGCUCUGAAAAUGAAAGACUGCCUUCUGAUGAAGAUGAUCAGAAACAUCUCACAGCACGAUGGACCGACCAAGCCAUUGUUUAUAGACUAUGUUGGUGACCUGGCAGCAGAAAUACGUGCAGAGGAAGAGGAGGAGUGGGUCCUGGAGUGCCUGGGUACUCUGGCCAAUCUUACCAUCCCUGACCUGGACUGGGAGUUGGUGGUCAAAGAGUAUAAUCUGGUACCUUUCCUCAAAGACAGACUGAAACCAGGCUCAGCUGAGGACGACCUCAUCCUGGAGGUCGUGAUAAUGAUUGGAACCGUUUCCAUGGACGAUGCCUGUGCUGCUAUGUUGGCCAAAUCUGGCAUCAUUCCUGCACUUAUUGAGCUUCUUAAUGCCCAACAGGAGGAUGAUGAGUUUGUGUGUCAGAUCGUCUACGUCUUCUAUCAGAUGGUGUUUCACCAAGCCACUCGAGAUGUCAUCAUCAAAGACACACAGGCUCCUGCCUACCUGAUUGAUCUCAUGCAUGACAAGAAUGCUGAGAUCAGGAAAGUGUGUGACAACACCCUGGAUAUCAUUGCAGAGUAUGAUGAGGAGUGGGGAAGGAAGAUUCAGUCAGAGAAGUUUCGUUUCCAUAACAACCAGUGGCUGGAGAUGGUUGAAAGUCGGCAAGCUGAUGAAUCUGAACCGUAUUUCUAUGAUAACGACGACAGGACUGACCUGUUUUAUAGUGCAGAUGGAAUAACUCCAGGGGACGGUUCAGUCAGCCCAGACUUCUUCAGUGACCUGCAGCCACAAAACGGAGACUCUCAGCAUGUAAUAGACGGCAGUGACGCCUUUGACCAGACCAGUUCCUCACCUGGAAGACCAGCUACGGCCUACGGAUUCAGACCUGAUGAGCUACCCUUCCAUCAGUACUCCUAAAGUUUAACAUCUGCUGGCGUCUAAGGCCACUCUCUGCAUGCCCCCACCCAUGUUAGUGCUAGAACUCCUUAUGAUAGAUCCCACUAGUGUAGGACCCACCUGGCCAACGCGGACAGUCACCCUGCUGCUGGUCCACGCAGUAAUCAUCCAUUCAUCAUCAGAAGCAGGGAUGUAGGAGGAUAUUAGUGCAUGUAAGCCAGUGGUUCUCAACCUUGGGGUUGGGACCCCCUUUGGGGUCACGAAACACUGAGAGGGUCUCCAGAUGCCCUAAAAAAACUAAAUAUUCUUAGAAUUAAACUGU